AUGCUUUCAGUAUUUACUUUUAUUCCAUUAUUUUUUCUACCUUUUUCUUGUUCAUUUUCUUGUAUUGGGGGUCCACAGUGUUACCUUAAACUUGGUUUCGAUCAAGUAGUACCUAGUAGUAGAAAGUUUCUUGAAACAUGUUCCACUAUUAAAGUUUCACCAUGUUCCGUAUUUCUAAAAAUUGAUUAUGAUAAUCAAAUAGUUCAUAUUUCAUUUGAAAGUUCAUUAAAUUCGACGGAAUCACUAUCUCCAUUGAUUGAUCUUUUUGUAAAUAAUCAACGAGCUUCAACUAUUCUACGCUAUACUGUCAAUGUUGGAGUUCAUGUCAAGAAUAAAACUCAAUUGUAUGUUUUAUUACAAUGCCGAACUGGUGAUCGAUGUACAGAAAAAGAAUUACGACAUUUUUGGCCUCGAUUUAUCUCACUGAAUGAUCGUCAAAAUAGCUUUAUUCAUUUUUAUCAGUAUCUUUUGCUAAAUUCAUCGAAUACCAUCAAUUGUUCUCAAGAUCAAAUAAAUCAAACUGUAUCAUGUUCAACAGUCGAUAGUAAAUGUUGGGCAUCAACAGAUGCUCAACGGAAAUGUAUAAAAAACAAUGAAAAGCAUUCGAAUUAUUUUAUCUAUUCGUAUAAUAAAGUUCACGAACCAAAUCAAUUAACCGAUGAACAUGUUCAUUAUAGAUUAGCAUGUCAAGUAAAUAAUUGUAAUAGUAAUGAAACUAUUAAAAAAGUGAGCAAAAUACUUGAUAAAUAUUGA